GGCCGAUUACUGGAAAUCUCAGCCAAAAAAAUUCUGCGAUUACUGCAAGUGCUGGAUAGCAGACAACAGACCUAGCAUUGAGUUUCAUGAAAGAGGAAAGAAUCAUAAAGAAAAUGUGGCAAAAAGAAUUAGUGAGAUUAAAAAGAAAAGCUUGGAAAAAGCAAAGGAAGAAGAAAACAUGUCAAAAGAAUUUGCAGCAAUGGAAGAGGCUGCAAUGAAAGCGUAUCAAGAGGAUUUGAAAAGGCUUGGAAUUAAGCCAGAUGAUGUAGGUCCCAGUUCGACACAGAGUAAAACACAAAGUAACACAGUGGAAACUAAAGAAAAGAAAGAAAAGAAAGAGAAAAAGGAAAAGAAGGAGAAGAAAGAAAAGAAAAAAAAGACACCUGAGGACACAUCGGUGCCACCAAAAACUGCAACGAAGGAGUGGGUGCAAGGAUUUUCUCCCGAAGGCUAUACUUAUUAUUACAACACAAAAACAGGAGAGUCACAGUGGGAGAAACCUAAAGGAUUCCAAGGCAACGCUCAAAACUCACAAACGGCAGCAGAGUGGGUAGAAGGUGCCACUGAAGAUGGUCAUACCUAUUACUAUAACACACAAACAGGAGUAUCCACAUGGGAGAAACCGGCCGGCUUUGUUUCAUCUUCAAAUGAGAAGAGUAAACGUGACAAGCAUUCUGAAGAGCUUGCAGAAACAGAUUCCAAAGAGUCUGAAUCAGACUCGGAAGACAGUGAAAAUGAAACAAAUUUCAAGAGGAAAGGAGAUAAUGGUGAAGAAUCAGAGAAAGGGAAAAAAUCUACCAAAGCUAAAAAGUUAAGUCCUUAUGGGAAAUGGCGAGAAGUUAAGCCAGCAGAAACUGCUGAUAAAGAAGAAACCUCUAGUGAUGUACCUAACAAGACCAACCCUUAUGGAAAAUGGAAACCAAUUAAAGAAGAAGAAGAGAAAGAAGAAGAAGAAGAAGAACCAUGUGAAAAAGUGGACCUGGAGCUUCCUAGUACAGAAGGUGACAAUCUACCACCUCCAGUGCUAGAGGACCCAGAAGAUGAGCCAGUGAUAUUUAAAGAGAAGACAGUCACCUCCCUUGGAGACCUGACAGAAGGGGUGCCAACAUUUAAAAAGAGGAAAUUUGAAAAUGGAAAAUCUAGAAACUUAAGACAAAGACUAAGUGAUCAGUAA